AUGGGCUCCGUGGAAUCAGAAUCAGAAGCUCCUCAUCAAGCCGUCAGCGUCUCCCUCCAAUCCUUAAAAUCCGGCACCGUCUCUUUGGAAACCCUAGAACAAGCCUUCGGACCAUCAUCUUUGGGAAUCAUCCUCGUAUCAGACCUCCCACCAAAAUAUCUCUCUCUCAGAAAAAAACUCCUCUCCUACUCCUCGUAUCUCGCAAAUCUCCCGGCCUCAGAAUUACAAAAAGUCGAAAUCCCAUCCGCACGCUACAACAUUGGUUGGUCCUGCGGAAAAGAAACACUUUCCAAUGGGAAAUUCGAUACUUUGAAGGGAAGUUACUAUGUUCAACCUAUACAUAAUGCGGAACUUGAGGAGAAGGCGAGGAGGGAGUACGGGGAGAAGAUUCCUGAUAUGACGACUGCGAAUGUUUGGCCUGAUGAGGCGGUUUUGCCGGGGUUUGAACAAGUGAUGAUGGAGGUGUGUGAAUUGAUUGUUGAUGUUGCUGGGUAUGUGGCGAGGAGUUGUGAUCGGUAUGGGAAGGAGAAAUUGGAGGGGUAUAGAGAAGGGACUUUGGAGGAAAUUGUGAGGGGGAGUGUGAGUACGAAGGCGAGAUUACUUCAUUACUUUCCCCCACCGGAAGGCGAUGGUGAGGAGGAGGAGGAGGAGAAGAAUGAUGAUGAUGAUUGGUGUGGAACUCAUCAUGAUUUAGGAGCUUUGACUGGUUUGACGAGUAACAUGUACGUGGAUGAACAUGCGAAUCCCCCCUACGCAAAGCCGGAUGGUAACGGUGCUUUGCUGCCUGAUCUACCAGAAUUGGAAACGCAUCCGGAUUCUCAAGCUGGACUUUGGAUUAAAGAUCGGAGUGGGAAGGCUACGCAGGUUCAUAUCCCCAGAGAUUGUCUGGCUUUCCAAACCGGAGAGGCAUUACAGAUGAUCACGAGGGGGAAAUUCAGAGCCGUACCACAUUUUGUUCGAGGAAGUAGUAGUCGAGCUGGUGGAGGAAGGAUUGCUCGGAAUACUCUGGCUGUUUUCACACAGCCUAAUUUGUGGGAGGUUGUGGAUGAGGAGACGGGAUUGGAUUUUGCGGGACUUUGUGGGCAGAUUUUUUCGAAGACGUAUUGAAGCUCAGUCUGCACAGUUGAUAUUGAGGUUGCUGAGAACGUUUGAGAUCUCUUCUGCCUAUGACAGAGCUGCUAGGGCAUCGAUGAAUUUCACGAGAAUUGGUU